AUCCUGCAAAAUAUUUUUAAAUGAAUAAAAAUACAGUUUUCAAAGUGCUUAGAAAGUUAUAUAUUGUAAUUUACUGCGUUAUUUAUUUGCGGGGUAAAACCGGAAGUAAAAUUAUUGGAGAUCGAUUCCAGCGUAGCCGUUUAGAGCAUAUAAAGGCUGCGAACAUGUCAAAGGAGUAAUUUGUUUCAGAGAGUCUUCUUUAUUCUGGAAGGAAAAAUAGAAAGGAUUCGUUUCAAACGUAAAUGCUCAAAAUGAAAAUUCUCUGUCUAUUAUCUUGUAUUGUGAUGAGUUUAGCCGAUAAAGAAAGUCUUAUAACGAAUGAAACCGGUAGCACUGAUUCUGAGAUAUGUUCAAAAGAUGAGGGAAUUGCCAAGAUUUGUCUUCAAUGCAGCUUGUUGUCAUUUUAUGCAACUCCUUCACUAGAGACAUGUUGUUCCGAUGAAAGUGCUUUCCUAUUGUGUGAAGCAUGUGUUAACGACAAAGACUCAUGUGAAACACUAAUGAACGAAUUAGAAGCUAUUGAUACUCUGGCAGAAGACGACGAAGACUACUUUGAUGGCUCACGUAGAGGACAGGACUCUGGUGAAGAAAAUUAUCCUGAUUCUCAAGCAGUAGACAAACGAUAUGGAAGGUUAUUUGUUAACAGGAACCCAAAACGAUAUGGAAAGAUUUUCUUUGGCAAACGAAGUGGACAAGCCGCAGAUGAUAAUAUGGAUGAAAUGGAGAAGCGAUAUGGUCGCAUAUUCUUCGGCGGUGGAUCUUACUUUGGAAAAAGAAGCGAAAUGGAUAAACGUUAUGGUAGACUGUUUACUAAUUCCAAAAGUUAUUUUGGUAAACGUUCAGAACCUAAUGGAGAUUUAGCUCAAGCUUUUGGUGAUGAACAAGACGAUUUAGAAGUUGCAAAGCGCUACGGUCGUGUUUAUAUGGGAAGCAGAAGAAAUAAAUUGUACGGAAAACGUUAUGGUCGUAUUUUCUUUGGUAAGAGAAGCAAUGACGACAUGGAUAAGCGUUUUGGAACAUUACAUAUGAACAAACGAUUUGGACGCCUCUUUACCGGCAGACGGAAAUACUAUUUUGGAAAAUAGGAAAUGUUGUGCCUAACCGAUGGUGUGUCAAGAAAUUUCCAUUUCAUUAUGUUAUGCAAAUACUUAGAUUUUUUAAAUAAUUUCGGAGAUGUAGCUGAUCCAGUGAGAAAAGGAGUGCGUUGGAUUGUUAAAAUAAGGAAAGACUUUUUAAAUUAAUAAAAUCAAAACCAAUAGAUUAAAAGAAAUGUGAAUAUUACUAGGCAGUUCAUAUCUUAGAAUGACACAUUUAUCACCACGUAUAAAUGUUUAUCCCCAAGAGUACGCAGUCGACAUUUGCUGUAAUCUCUUUGUAUAAUAUACAAUUCAUAAUAAACAACAAAAUCAAUGUUUAUCAAAAAGCUCACGAUGUUUAUGGAUUUUAGCUUUUGAAAGUUACCUUUAGAUAUACUUCAGCUAUAAACAAUACAUUAUGCCGUGUAUUUACGACUAUAUAGUUCGUAUCGCAAAUUGUGAAGGCGCAAUGUACCUUCCUUUUUAACAAUGUAGCGGACUGUAUAUAAACAAAUUAAAUUAUGAACGGACAUUUGAUAUAGUUACUGUUAUGCUGUCAAAUGUUCCAUUUAAAAAAAUGAAUGUUCUCGUAAGCUGUUUUUAAAAUAUUAUUUUUAACGUACACACAUACAUGUAUAUCCCGAUGACUUACAUAUUAAAUUCAUUUUUAUUUGCCCUAUUUAACAAUUUUCUUAUUACAAAACUGAAAGAUAUGGCAUCUGUUUCAUUUUAGAUUCGAAUUUAAAGCGCUGAAAAUAUACGAAAGCAAAUUAUCUUAUUAAGUUUUACUUUAGCACUUCAAAAUACUAAAUUUAAAGGAGUAUAAUAAUUCUGGGUACUGCUCUUAUAUUUUAAGUUUUCUUAGAUGAAAUGUUGUUCAUUGAUAUAAAUGUAUUUUACGUACUCUAAACACUUACAUAUAUUAAAUAAAGUAGUAAAUAAUAAUACAA